AUGAAUAAGCGCUUAUUAAUGACCGUGAUGUACGUCACCGCCCAAUCAUUUGGAUUGGGUCUUGCAUUCACACUAGAUACGCUUUGCUCUCAAGCCUAUGGCGCCAAACGGAUCGACAAGAUCGGAAUCUACUUCCAGACGGGGGGGGGGGGAGUUCUCUUUGUCGCUCUCAUUCCUAUACUCGUGGUUAACUCGUUCACUGAACCUAUCCUCAAUUUGCUUGGUCAGCAUACGGACGUUACCAACUUGACUCGCGACUUUUCACGUCUGAUGCUUCCUGGACUCCCGUUCCUGUUCCUUUACGAGCUCGUGCGGAAGGUGAUGCAGUGUCAAAAUGUCGUCAAACCGCUAGUCGUCAUCGCAGCCAUCGGAAAUCUCGGCAACCUCGGUGCUGGUUAUGGGCUUGCGUACCACACGUCGAUGGGAUUCACCGGCAUUGCUGUUGCUCGAUCGCUCGGCAAUAUCACACUCACGCUCCUGCUCGUACCGUACUUCAUGUGGCGGCCUCACCAGCUUCGAGACUGGUGA